AUUUUUAAGUUACAGCAAAACAACAAACUAUCGCUCUGCUGUAAACAAAACUAUCAUUAAUUUUAAUAAAAUAGUGCGAUUUGUUUUGAGUACAAUACAAUUAUAUCAACAUUUAUUGCGUUUUAAAUAAUGUCGACUGAACCAAAUACAGCUCCAGCUAUACCAUCAUGGAUUAAAGCAUCAUUAUUUGAACCAGCUUUUAAGCAAAUUUUUAGUAAUUUUCAAGAAAAAAAGACUUUAAAGUCAAACAUGCCGUAAGUACAGGUGCAAAUUAUGCCUCAUUAAUAUAGCAGUUAGAAGCGGAAAAUGAAUUGAAUGGUAUGAUACAGAGAAAAUAAAAUCGUACUUUUUAUAGUAGUAACGCAUUUACUUAGUUAAUAUCUAUUUAAAUUUAUAAAAAAAAUCGAAUAUAAAAGAUAUAUUAAUAGUAACCACUACUAAUAUAUUGCAGAUAUAAACAAGAGACGUAAAUGCAAAACAUACUUAUCGUUAUUAGAACUCCCAAGACACAAAUUUUAAUAUUGUAUUUUUCAUAUUCCAAAAAACAUGUACAUUAAAAACAGCCCACCACAGUUAGGCACUUAAAGAAAUGAAUGUUAGUAAUGAGGUGUUUAAAGUAGAAACUAUAAUGCAUCGAGAAGUAGUGCCGGAAUUGGAAUAACUUUACAAAAAGGCUGGUGUCAACAUCAAUUUUGCACCGAAAUUUUAUGAAAUAUCCACCGAAUAUGCACAUUUAGUUUUAGAAGAUCUAAAACCUAAAGGUUAUAUAAAUAUCAAUCGUUUGGAAGGUUUGGAUAUCAAACAUACCCAAGCGGUGCUAACUAUUUUAGCACAAUUUCAUGCCGCCUCAGCAGUAAAAAUUGCCACAAAAGAAAAUUACAAGCCCAUGUUAUUCGAAACUUUCUACAAAGAAGAAAAUCGUGAAGUGAUGAGUAAAGUAUUGAUACACCGACAGAAGCUUUUCUAAAAUCUGCCAAAACUUAUGAAGGACAUGAGUUGUAUUAUAAACGGUUGUGCCAGCACAAAGAUGUUAUACUAGAUGAAAUGUUCGAGGCAAUAAACUGGAUGAAAAUGAAUUUAAUGUUGUGAAUCAUGGAGAUUGUUGGUCAAAUAAUUUCAUGUUUAAACAUGAUGAAUUGGGUAAUGUUGUUGGUACUUUCUUAUUGGACUAUCAAGCAGCACAUGUUGGUACUCCAGCCCAGGAUCUAUAUUAUUUUCUGUUAUCUUUACCACGAUAUGAAUUGAAAAUUAAAAAAUUUUAUUACUUUAUAAAAUAUUAUCACGAUCGUUUGACAGAAAAUUUGACAUUGUUAAAGUAUCCCAAAAAUCUGCCCACAUUAAAGGAUCUGCACAUUACUUUGCUUAAAUAUAGUGCAUGGGCAUAUAAUGCCAGCACUGGCAUUAUGGCAGCCGUGCUUUUGGAUCCCAGCGACAAAGCCAAUUUGGAUAAUUAUUUCGGCAGCUCCGAUGAAGCAGCCCAAUUUCAAAUGCAAUUAUAUUCAAAUCCUCGUUAUCGUAAACAUAUGAAAAUGGUUUUACCUUGGUUAUAUUAUCGCGGAACUUUUUAAAUUAUUAUCUUUUUUAGAUAGCAAAAUUUAUAGCUAAAUAAUUGUGUUAAUAGUCGUUUUAUGUAAACCAAAUACCUUACGGUCUACUCCGUAAUUGUAAAUAAUAUAUUAAUCCAGGCGCGGAUCCAGAGGGGUGAAAUAGGAAUUGAUUUUUCACUGUAACUUUGUAGGGGAGCCCAAAAAUAAUGAAAAUCACCAAAAUGUUGGCUUAAAAAUGUAGGACUUCAUAAAUUAUUAUUAAAUUGUUGAUAUAUAAGUGAUAUUUUUUAUUUAUUUAUUGACAAUAAAAUAGGGUUCUUAUAUAAGGGGUUAAAACCAAUUAUGGACCCAUCCUCACAAAAGUUCGUAAAAAGAUUAACGCGUUUAUGUCCAAUUUCAUAUUAAUUAUACUGUCUGCCAUUUCAGAAUUAUAGG